AUGUGCCAGGUCCUUGAUCCAGCCAACAUGAAAAGUACCCUUCGCUGCCAGGUUCCUGAAGAGACAUUUGAGAAGUUGCACUUUGCCGGCUCAUCCUAUGGGCAGCUGAUUUGUGGCCACGGUAGAAAUUGUCUUGUUGUGGAUGUGUUCACUGGUGCCAAAGUUUUACCUCCACAGCUCCCAUUUGGCGACAACACUUAUUUCUACUCUGGCAUGCUGUCAGCUCCCCUUGCAUCACCAAACUCACACCUCCUAGUUUGCACAGUGUCCAAACAGGAGGGUCAAUGCUUCUUGCUUGAUUGGCUGAUUGGGAGUGAUUGUUGGUCAAAACUACAGCUCAAUAAUUCACAGAUUGAACAGAUUGUGGAGUUUAAUGCUUGGGUGGAGGUGAAGAAGCUAGAGAAUUACUCGCUGUUUAUUGGGAGUGAUGUGAGGAGCUCGACGUUUUCUUGCGCCAGCUUAGGACGAUGGAGCGGGAGGAGCAAUUGCUUGUACUAUGGGUAUUACGAUCCACCCUUGGUGUUGCAUGGAAUUCGUGAUGAUGCAGAUGCUGUGUGUGAUCCAGAUUAUGGCCCUGAUGACCUUGUGUUCAAGAGCCUUGUGUUCAAGAGGAACUGGAACACCCGACUGCAGCCCUUCUGGGUGUACCCAAGCAUGCUCUAUCGCUGA